AUGGCAGUCGACGAAAUGGAAAUCGAUUCGAACCCGACGUCUCACUCCGUCCAGGAGCCCGAGAAGGAACGCAAGCGCAAACACAAGAACAAGGACGCUUCUUCAUCGUCACCGUCGAAGAAGAAGCGCAAGCAUGACGCCAACAAUUUGAUCGCGGACGAAUCCAGCACGCGCGAAAAGAAGAGCAAGAAAUCCUCGAAAGACAGCAGCAGCAAGAGCAAGAAGUCUUCUAAGUCCAAGUCCGCCGCUGCGUCUACUCUCGAUUCGCCCUACACCCUGACCACCGCGACGCUCUAUCUGCCUCUCUCUCCCAUCUCGAUCUCCCCGACUCAUGCGCUGGCGUCUCUUAUGGCGGAGCAUCUCUCUCCGCUGAUCCUCACCUACUAUGCUCCCCUGAAGGGCGUCGUCCUGGCCUACUCCAACCCCACGAUCUCCAGCACCGACCCCGCCGAGUCCUCCAGAUCCGCGUCCGAUCCGAAUCCGGAGCCUCUGACCCUCGCGAAGACGGCUGGCGAGUACGGCGUCCUGUACGUCUACCUGACCGCUACCUUUCUGGUGUUCCGGCCCCAGCGCGGCCAGAUCCUCGAAGGCUGGGUCAACGUGCAGUCCGAGGGAUUCCUGGGCGCCGUGGCCCUGAACCUGUUCUCCGUGGGUAUCGAGCGCAAGAGACUGCCAUCCGAUUGGAAGUGGAUUGCACCCGGUGAAUAUGAAGAAGGGCAAGACGAUAAAGCCAACGGCGACGACUCCAUCAAGACUGAGUCCCAGAACAACGACAAUGACGACAACAACUCUUCCUCCUCCGAACCCUCGACCACCUUCGAUCCCGAGAAGGAACACUUCAAGCCCAUCACGCUGGCCUCCGACACCAACCCCCUCCUGGACACGGACGCGACGGCCGCUGAGUCCGACGAGUCCGCCGCCGCGCAGGGCUACUUCCAGUCCGUCUCCGGACAUCGGGUGCGCGGCACCGUGCGUUUCCGUGUCGUUGACGUCGACGUGAUUCCUGGCGCGGAGCGCGAUCGUGGCUUCAUGAGCAUCGAGGGCACGAUGUUGACUCCUGAAGAGGAGGCCCAGGUUGUCGAGGACGAGCGCAAUGGCGUCGUGUCCUCGUUUCCAGGCACCCCGCGGAGGUCGGCGAGUUUGCCGAUUCGGACGGAUCCGAAGACCACUACCGCCAUGUCUGGUGCGAUUCCGGAGUCCUCUUCGACGGCAGCAGAGGUAGAGGUCGAGGUUGAGGCUGAAGAGCCCGAACAAGCAUCCCCGGUCAAGAAGAGCAGCAGCAAGGAGAACAAGGAGAAGAAGUCGAAAUCGUCCAAAUCGAAGAAGAAGGAAAAAGAGAAGAAAUGA